AUGCCUCCAGAAGACGAUGAUGAUGUUACAGCACCUAGCAGUCUUGCCGGCAGAAUUCUUCCUGUCGUCUCAGCUGGGUGCAUCUUUCUCCUGACGACCAGUCUGGUGCUACUGAAUCAUCAAAGCCCCGCUGUUUCUUCUUCCUCAGUGUCAGUGCUACUAGAUCCAUUAUCAUUUCAAGAUAAUAUCGUCCUGACGCCUCAAGAGCGACAAUCUGCCGAAGAGGAUCGCCGGUUCUUGCAGGACAUGAUGGGAGAAGACGACCAAGCCGAUAUGGUGGAUGACGGCUUUACCCGCGACGAUACGUGCAAGCGCUACAUGAGCAAAUUCUUGAAUGGCACCACGGACUUUAACGACGUGUGCGACGGGGUCUACAAUGCCUACGAAGAAGCCGAUUGUGCCGAGGACAUUCACGUCAAAAUGAUGGCACAAGGUAUCGAGAAAAACGAUACCGGUCUGGACGACUUUUAUCAACGUUGGGAAUGCUGCAGCAGUAUCUACCAGUACUACAACACGCAUUGUCACGAACCAAAACUAGACAGUGGACGACUGUUGGGAAUUCUCAGCGUUUUGGUGCUUUGCGGAAUUGUCAAAUCAUUUGUGCAUCAAGUCAUGCAACUGGAAUGGCUCCCGGAUGUUUGUGUCUAUGUCUUGGUGGGAGCCAUUACGGGGGGCAUCUUGCGAGUCUUGGCACCCGAUAUCGUGGCCGAACGAUUGACAUUCAACAAUGAUUUGUUUCUACACAUUUUGCUGCCACCCAUCAUCUUUCAAGCAGCCUUGAAGAUUGACAAACGAUCCUUUCGAAGAGAUAUUUUCCCAAUACUCAGUUUUGCCGUGAUUGGUACCGCUCUCAGUGCGGGAACGGUCGGAGUCAUCACUUACUACAUGACACGCAUUGGAUCGGGAGUACAUCUUCCCCUGCUGGAUUCUCUCUUGUUUGGAUCUCUCAUUUCCUCCAUUGAUCCUGUAGCAACUCUGGGGAUUCUCUCCAGUGUAGGUGUCAGCCAACGAGACACCUUGUUUACCAUUAUAUUUGGGGAAGGAAUGGUCAAUGACGCCGUGGCGAUUGUUCUAUUUGACACACUGACCAAACAUCUCGGAGACGAAUCUGCCGUGGGAAAAGCUACCGCGUUGGAAAUGCUCCGGUACUUUGUUCAGAUUUCCUUUGGGUCCAUGGCCGUUGGAGCAUUGUGUGGGGCACUAUGUACCUUGUACUUUUACAAUGUCUUUGGCAAGCACACUCCCGUCACAGAGGUGGCCCUCUUCUUUUCCUUUGCAUUGAUUCCGUUCUACUUGAGUGACAUGCUGGGAGGAUCCGGCAUCAUUGCCAUUAUGACCAUGGGGUUCUUCUUGGACUACUAUGUGGUGGGUGGCAAUCAGAGCGAGGAGGGAGAAUGGAUGGACUUUAUGCAACUACGCUGCAACCGAGAUCGAGCCGCUAGGAGCGAGGGCGACUUGGCGCGGGUAAUGUCCGAGGAAGAAGAGGAACAGCCCAGUCGUUGGGAUCAUUUGAAACUAUCUUGGGACAGAGCAUUCUCGGGCAGGGGACACAUUGUCACCAAAAGUCGAAGCCACGUUGGAUUUGUCGCGGAGGUAAUUGCGGAUGUGAUGGAGACCGCCAUCUUUGCCUACUUGGGUUUGUUCCUGUUCAAUGCCAAUAAUGCAUGGGAUUGGAAGCUCAAUGGGAUUGCGGUCUUUGGGUGUGUUUCGAGCCGACUCGCCAUGGUUCUAGCGGUCAGCUUCCUGAUCAAUGCAUUUGUAUUUUGUGAUGUGGAAGGAGCGCUCGGUCGCUGUUUCCGCAAGAUUUGGUCUGACCUUACGACACGCCAACCACCAAACACUCUUACCCAAAGUACGCGAACUACAAUGAGUGCUCCACUCUUGUCAGACUAUGACACACACUACGACGAACCACCAACCGCGGAAGAAGAUGACGACGACGAUGAUGACCCGGAGUCCAGCGUCAACAAGCGGUUUUUGGAUAUGAAAACCCAAAUGAUGGUCGUUCUGGCAGGCGUUCGCGGGGCUGUUUCCUUCGCACUGGUGGCCAACGUGCCACUGUAUAACAGCGUUAGCAAACGGGGGUCACAAUACAAAGCAGAACUCAAGGCCAUGACGUCCUCCUCCAUCGUCUUUACUCUGUUUGUAUUCGGCGCGAUCACCUACUUCAUCGUGAGAAAGGACCAGCAGGAUCCAAACCGAGAAAGAAUAGCUGGCAACUUUACACACCGACUGAUGAGCAUGCCCCUUGCAUCGGACAAUGAGGGGGAAGACGAUUCUGAUGCUGUCGCUGAUACCAGCUUACUAAUGGAGGUGGAAACAGAAGCACCCCGCCGAGCUCGCUUCCAUUCAGCUAGCUAA